AUGAAGGAAAAUAAUACCUACCUUUGGUCUAUUCGGCGAUGGGCAGUAGCAUUGCCCAUGCGCCUUGGCGAUGAGCCAAAUGGGCUCUCCUCACCUAGUGGACAGCCUUUAGUUGUCCUAGGUUCUGGAAAAUUGGGUGAGAGAGGUCAUGGGUCGCCAAUGGGAUUCUCAGAAGUGGCAUAUCUUGGCUUUCCAUAUUGGUUGGAUAUUUGUGGAAGAAUAGGAACAAACGUAUUGUCACCAAACACUUAUUAUGUUGCUUAUUUGGUGUUCAAAGUGGUAGAUUUGUACCGUAGACUUGAAUCUAUUGAUUCACCUAUUAUGUUAGUUAGUGAUAAGAAUGAAAAUGUGACUGAAGAACAAACCAACAUUGUGAAGCUUGCAGCAUUAUUUCCCAAACUGAGAGGAGAUGGUUGGAUGGAGAUAGAAUUGGGAAAUUUUAAUAGCAAGGAAAGUAGUGAUGGCCCUGUUGUAGAUAGAUUGAUUGGUGUUAAACGUGUUGAUUUCAAAAUAAGUGGCCUCAUCAUUGAAGGAAUUGAAUUUUCAGAAGUGGCUAAUAUCCAGGGUUCUUGCUCACUAAAUAUCCAUGGAAAGAUUGCUAGUCAAAUGUUGUCAAAGAGAACAACAUACGCCGCGUAUCUAGUGUACAAAUUAGCUCCAAGUUCAUAUUCCGGUCUUGUAAUUGGUAAUUCAGUUGUUAGAUUUGUCAAUCGUGAGACUGAGGAACCACGAAGAGUCAGGAAAAUUAGUUGGCCUAAUGCUCAAAGAAGAGUUGAUAGAUGGAUAGAAAUAGAAAUGGGGAAGUUUUUCAAUGAUGCAGGGGAGGACGGAGAUGUUGAAGCGCGAUUAAUGGAUAUCAGGUGUCACUUUGGGAUAGACAACCUCUUUGUUGAAGGAAUAAAGUUUCGAGCAGAAUGA